AUGAGGAAAUUCAUAGCUGUGAUUCUUUUAGCUCUGUCUAUUGCUGGCUCUUUUGCUUAAGAUUUAGACUACAAAUAGUAGUACUAUGAGAGCUUACUAAAUGCUACGGACUCUGAACUCUUGAAAUUAUUUGGGUCAUACGGAUUCUACCCUAACUAAAACAGUGAGAGAUUUUAGCUAUUUAAAAAAAGGGUAGCUAAAAUUGCUGAACAUAAUUUGAAUCCUAAUAAGAAAUACACUCAAAAAAUCAGUAAAUUUACAUUCUACACAAACGAAGAAAUAUCUAAGUUGAAGGGUUCUCAAAAUUGCUCUGCUACAGCAAAAGAAAAUACUCGUAUCCUUUAAACUUAUGAUCUUAGUGAAAUUCCUGAUUACGUUGACUGGAGAGAGAAAGGUAUCGUUUCUUCUGUUAAAGACUAAGAUGCUGUUGGAGAUGACUGUGGUUCCUGCUGGACAUUUUCUGCAACUGGAGCUAUAGAAUCUCACUUAGCUUUAAAAACUGGAAAAGCACCUUUUAAUCUUUCAUAGUAAUAAUUAGUUGACUGUGCAGGAAAAUUUGAUAAUCAAGGAUGUGAUGGUGGUUUACCUUCAAGAGCAUUCGAAUAUAUUGCUUAUGCAGGUGGUAUUGAAAGUAGUCGCGAUUAUCCUUAUAAAGGAAAAGACGGUAAAUGCAAAUUCAAACCUUAAAAAGUUGUAGCAAAAGUAUAAAGCUCUUUCAACAUUACUUUCUAAGAUGAAAACGAGUUGAUUUAUCAUUUAGCAAAGAAUGGACCAGUUUCUAUUGCCUAUCAAGUCACUGAUGAUUUCGAAAAUUAUGAAGGAGGAAUCUAUUCUAAUCCUGAAUGUUCUACUGACCCUCAAGAAGUUAACCAUGCUGUAUUAGCUGUAGGAUAUAAUUUGACUGGUCGCUACUACAUCGUCAAGAAUAGUUGGGGUAAAGAUUGGGGCAUGGAUGGUUAUUUCUACAUAGAGCUUGGCUCAAAUAUGUGUGGUUUAGCUGAUUGUGCUAGUUAUCCUAUCCUUGGUGAUCAAAUCAUUGACUCUUAAGAAGAAGCUGAUAUUGAUGAUGAAGUUGAUGAUGAAGCUGAUAGCGAUGAUGAAGAUGACGAAGAUGAUGAUGAAGAUAGUGAAGAUGAUGAUGAAGAUAGUGAAGAUGAUGAUGAAGAUAGUGAAGAUGAUGAUGAAGAUAGUGAAGAAGAAGAUGAUGAUAGUGAGUCAGAUAAUGAAGACAGAAUAAGAAUUAACAAUCAUCAAUAGAAUUUCAUCAAUAAGAUGAAUCAUUAGAUAUGA